CAGUGUUACAAACGGUGAGGGUGGAUGUGACGUCAAACCAGAAUUCUUAUCAACAAAUUGCAUUGAUAUAAUUGAUGGUCAAGUGAAAGAACAAGAAUCUUUAUAUGAGAUACCUCUGUAUAGCAAACCUGACAAAUCAGAAGCAAGCACACGGUCCCGGCCAUGUGAAGAUGUACAAGUGAAAUCCUUAUGUGUCCUUAGGAAACCCAAUCCAGAAAAGUGGUCUUCAUCAAAAGAAAACUGCAGUGGGAGCAGUGGUACAAAAUCCAAAAGGAAAUCCAGAUCUUAUCCUCAGCCUACAGUGGUGUGUGGUGCUUCCCUUAGACGGACUAAUCUCACACUUUCCAAUAAGGAGGUACAAAACACUGACAUCACCACAGAAGUUCAACUCAUGAAUGAGGUAAAUGAAGUGGUGAGCUGUGAUUCUAAUCCAAGGAUUAUUGAAGAUGAAGAUUUGGAGGAUGAAGAUGAAGGAUGUCAGGAUGAGUUGUUGAAUUCUACAGAAUUUGUGCCACAUAUACUUUUGUUAGCUGUUAAAGAUGAUAGUAGAAAAAGUAGUAAACACAAAGAAAAAGAAAGCAAAAAAGUUUCUUCUUCGUUGUCGACCAGUGAGUUGAGUUAUGUGAAUGUCCCAGUGCUAGGUUCGGGAGACCAUGUGACUGUCAGUAGCAGUAAUUGGGCACAGCUGGAUCCUAUGUUUGAUCCAGAUCCAGACCCAGACGUUCAGAUAACGGGAAUCACUCCAGGACCAAGCACCAACUUCACCGGUACCAUCAAUGUUUCUACAAGUGACAGUUCUCCUAUUAUUGUCAAGGAACACAAUGGUCCGACUGAACCUGAGCAAGGAAAAUCUGACAAUACAAGAAAAACAGAAGAAGUAACAGUAAAGAAUACUUCAGUGACAUUAAAGCUACGAGCUGGGGCUGUUUUACAGUGUGUAGAACUCCCAGAGAAUCUACGGUCUGAUAAUUUUGAAAUUUCUCAUAUUAUUCCUACCUUAGAUGGACAGCAUUUGAUAGUGGUUGUGAAACCUAGUACAAGACACUGGAACGUGGCUGCCUCGGCGGAGAACAAUGCUGUGAUAUCCAACUCUAUAACAAACAACUGUGAUGAACCUCAGACUGCUUCUGAAGACCUCAGCUCACCUAGCUCUGUGUCUGAUAUGGAUAUAGACUUACCAAAGGAUAAUGAAGGAGAUGGGGACUGCCAAGGGGGCUGUAUACUGGUAUACAGCUUCACCUAUGGCAACGAGUAUGCUGUGUUGGACGAGUCGCCCGUGAUAGUCAAGUGUAUCGACAGACUUGAUCAAGGUGUGAAACAUGUUCUGGUGCUUCCACAUGAUGUGUGUGACCUACAAGAGGAUGAUGAUGACUGUGCAAUGUAUGGACAAGUGGGUCAAGUGCCAAAUUCUGUCUCUAAUAGGUCAUCUGUUGACAUCCAUGGUCAGAUAGCAGUAACUCUAGUCAGUGGUAAGGUGUGGCUUCUCAACCUAUGUGAUCUCAGUAGAGUGGCAGAGGUCACCCCUCCAAGUGGAGACACGUUUGUUUCUUCAACAUAUUGUACAGGUAUUGAGCGACUGUGUAUAUGUACAGCUCAUGGGAAGCUGCACUUCUACCAGCUCUGUGACCACAGUCCACCCCAAACCAAGCAGCAGCCUUUGGACUCACCUGAUGGACUGUGUAAUGGUGAAUUUCCUGCUGAGCAUGACACCAUUCAGAGUAAACCAGAACAAGAGAGUAGGGAAACCACUGAUAAGUACAGUCCUG